UGAGCCAAGCCGACAACAGCAGAAUAUUAGUUAUAGGCUUAUAGCUUGCGAUUGGCCUUCGCUUGUUAGAACAGCGCCACACUCACAGCUUCUGAAACCCGCGAUGGCUUCCAUCUUAGCCCGCAAAUCCGUCGCUGUGCUUCGUGCUCGUCAUCUCGCUUUGGCGGGGCAAGGAUUGCAGAGACCCAGCUGCAUUGGGGCAAUAUGCAGUGAACGUUCAUUUGCCACUAAGCACUCCUUCUCUACUGACAAAGAUGACGAGGAAAGGGAAAAGCUUGCAAAGGAGAUAUCAAAGGAUUGGAAUUCUGUUUUUGAGCGGAGCAUAAAUACAUUAUUUCUCACUGAAAUGGUUCGAGGGCUGAUGCUGACACUGAAAUACUUCUUUGACCCGAAAGUCACAAUUAACUAUCCUUUUGAGAAGGGGCCUUUGAGUCCUCGUUUUCGCGGAGAACAUGCUCUCCGGCGUUAUCCUACUGGAGAAGAACGCUGCAUUGCUUGCAAACUAUGUGAGGCUAUUUGCCCUGCCCAAGCAAUCACCAUUGAAGCUGAGGAACGAGAAGAUGGGAGCAGACGUACGACUAGGUAUGAUAUCGACAUGACAAAGUGCAUUUACUGUGGUUUUUGCCAAGAGGCAUGCCCUGUCGAUGCUAUUGUUGAAGGGCCCAACUUCGAAUUCGCUACUGAGACACAUGAGGAACUCCUCUACGACAAGGAGAAGCUUCUAGAAAAUGGUGACAGGUGGGAAACUGAAAUUGCUGAGAAUCUCCGAUCUGAAAGCUUAUAUCGUUGAGUUGAGAGUUCAAUUUUCAGCGUCGGCAAGAGAUGGAGUUGGAUGUUAAUUCUCAAAGAUGUGUUCAAUAAUAAGGAAUGUUGAUCUCAUUACCUCCUUUGUGUUUUAUUUCUUGUUGCUCUAUAUGUUAAAUAGGCAACAUGGGAUCGGAAGGCGAAAAAGAACUUCUCAUGAAGAAUUGUUGAUUGUUCUGUCGAUGGCAUGCUUUAGAACUACAGAGGAAAACAAUGUUACUAUCUGUAUGCGGUUGAUUCGCCACAAGAUUUUUAAGUAACUGUGGGAUUGUGAUCUAUCUGUUCUAUUCUACGAGGAAAUAAAGGCUUCCGACACUGAUUGACAUUUCUGAGAGGUACAAGGUUUAAUUCCAAAUGUAAAAACGUGUACUUGAAAACGCUGUGGACGUUACCAAACUUUGCGCUGUGCUCAA